UCUGAAGGAGAGAGAGAGGGGAAGAGAUUGAGCGAUAAACGCCUGAAGGACAAGAGAGGCUCAGGCGCCUGAGGGGGGGCGUCCUGGCAAAGCGAAGCCCAAGGCAGCCUCCCCUAGGAGCCCCAAGGAAAGGAGGGCUCCAGGGAGGACAGGCUUCUGAAUAAUGCAGAAGGGAGAAUGAGAAGCUCAAGAUGGAUGGCCAUGGGGGAGCAAGAAGAGGAGGGGAAAUCAGAGGCUAUGGAUCCCUUGUGUUGACCCCAGAGACCCUCUAGGCAUGUGCCGGCCCAAACACAGCUUGUUUCCAGGUGUGUCCGCAUGUGUCCAUGGCUGUGCAUGUAUAUGGGAAGGGCCUCACGUUCAUGGGAGCCCCUUUUCUCAGGUCAGUGAAUGCCUUUGUUGUGAACUACAUGUGUCCUCAGAUUGAAAAGUGCCAGCCAGUUCAUCAGUAGCUGCUCCAGACUUGUGGCCCAGUGCUGUGAGCCUGGGCUGGUCCCUUUUCUGGGGGAGUUCUGCGGGUGGAGUGGGAAGGGACCUUGGGCUGGUCACUUUUCAGGGGGCCCUGGGGGAAUUGGGAGGGACCCUGGGCUGUACCUCUCUGGCACAGUUCUGGAUCAGUGGAUAGUUCUUAUGUUUGGGGAGUCUUUCCUCCCCCCACACAACCUAGAGCUCCCCACAUGCUCCCUCUCCCCGUUUCUCUCCACUCUUUCCCCUGGGAUCUCACAGAACAAGCUGAGUCUUUUUCUCUGCCUUCUCACCGGAGAGGAGGAGAAACAGAAGGUGGGAGGAGGGGGAGAGGAAGGAAGGCCACGGAACAGGACUGGCAGGCCCUCUCCCCAGAGCCCCACCUCUGGCCAGCACUGAGCCCAGCCCCUCCAGCGCCUACAUUUAUGUCCUGGGGCCCCUGUGGGGCCCUGCCCUGAGACUCGCGGGAGGAGGAGAUAGGGACAGGGGCAGACGUCCAAGGAGUGAGCUCUGGGAGGCCAGAGGAGCCCUGAAGAGUGAGGACAGCCUGGGGUUUGGGGCCCUGAGGGUCCAGAGGUUUGGAAGCCUUGUCAGACCAGGGAUCAUGGCCCUCUUGAAGCUCUCGUGCUGGCCUUCAGCUUUGUCUUUGGGGCAGCUGGUCUAACGAUGCUGACCCUUGGGUUGUGGGCUGAGAUGGCGCUGGGAAGGUACCUGGCCCUGUCUGCCCGAGGGGCUCCCAGCGCCCCCUCCCUCCUGCUUGCAGCUGGGGCUACAGGGCUGCUCUGGGGAGGCCUGGCUGGAGGAGGGGCAGCCAGUGAGCACCGGGGCCUGCUCCAGGCAUCUGCAGCCAUCCAGCUGGCGUCCCUGGGAGCUGGCCUUGCUGCCGGCCUUUCGGGACUUUGCUACCAGAACGAGCUGGUCCAGGGCUUCCGGACAGGCCUGUGGAAGGCCCUGCGGGGUUACGGGGCUGGAGGGAGGGGCGAUGCUGGCUUGGACACCCUACAGUGGGGACUCCGGUGCUGUGGAGUAGAUACUUACCGUGACUGGCUGGACUCACCCUGGGCCCGGAGUCCCCGGGCUCAGGGCAAUGGUUCUCUGCCCCCCAGUUGCUGCCGAGGCCAGGCUGACUGCCAGGAGGGGGCCAGGGCAGUGGCUUCUCAUGGCUGUUUCUCCAAAGCCAGUGACUUUGUGGCUGACAAUAUGGCCUUCAUUGCAGUGGCUGCAUUGGGCCUGGGGGCUCUGCAGGUGGUAGGGGUCGUGCUGGCCUGCCUUCUGGCUGCCCGAAUGGCCUCUGGGGCCCAGACCUCUGCAGAGACCCCAAAGAGUCAUUCCCUGGAGAACCCGAUCCCUGCUGUCCCUGCUGUCCCUGCUGUCCCCCUUGAGCCCUGAGGCCCACCCUGCCCCUACCCCAUUCCACCCCCAUUUCCAGGCCCAGCCCUGUCUCCUUUAUAGACUCACCUCACCCAGGAAAGAGCCUAAUGCAGUCCAGCUCUCACAGCGCUGCCCCUGAGCCCAGCUGGUGCUCCUCUGGCCCUCCUUCUUUGUUCCCUUCCUGCCCUGCACCCCGAGGGCUGAGGAUCCUCCAGAACCAGGCUGCCCAGGCCAGCCACCCUCAGCAGGACACUGGAGACAGCUCCCCAGCUCUGGCUCUUGGGGAGUGGUAGAGAGCCCAGAGCUGGGGGCAGAGACAGGGCUGGAGCCCAGAGAGCACACAGUGAUGGAGACGAGGACCAGAGGGGAGCACGGAAAGGACGUGGAGAGCUGGAGGGAAAGGCUGACCAGAGCUUCCCCACCCCAGCUUUGCCGGACGUCAAGGGAGGAAGUUUUGUUGUCCCCAAAGCCUUCCUCCUUUUCUGACUGUCUAUGGACUCUCCAAAGACUCCUUCGCCUUCUCCCAGGCCUGUAUUUACAGGCUCGGGGAAGGGAUAGCCUAGAGUGCGGGGCCUCUGAGCUGUGUCCUCAAAGCCUCACAACCCACAGGUCACCAGUGCCCUGCCCACUCCCACCAGCAGUCAGUGGAAGCUGCAGGGAGCUCUGGCGGAGGCCAAGGUCAGCCGGCCUCCAUCUGCCUCAAGCCUUGACCUUGGCCCCUCUCAACUGAGUGAGGUAUGAGGGGUGUUGGUGCCCCGAGGUAUCCUCCACAGCCAUAACAGCUCACCUCUCCCUGCUCUACGGGGCCCAGUUCAUGGCAGACACGUAUGCAGUGUUGGUUACUCUGGAAUGGUUCCAGACCCUGGGCUCCAGGCAGAAGACCCCCCAAGACACUCUGUAAUGUCUCAGUGGAAUGAGCAGUGACUCUCUGUCCCCCAGCAGCUGUGUGCCCAGGGGCCUGGGAAGUGCCUCUCCUCUGACUGACCAGGCAGCAGGGCCCGCACGCCCCCUCCUCUGGGCCCCCCUCUAUCACCACCUAUGGCCUGCUUCCCCAAAGCCCUGUGUUGGCCGGGAAGGGGCUCCGAAGGGGCAUCUGGCUGCAAGGCUUUUGUACCAUCUUCACCCCAGCCUACCCAUCUCCUAAUUGUGUAGGAUUAUAGGCCUUAGAGCUGGAAAGGGUCUCAGAGGUCUGAGCGUCUCACCACCUCAUUGCACACAUGGGAGAAACUGGGGUCCCAAGGGGGCAAAGACUUGUCUCAAGUCACUUUAGGAGUAGAGUCAGAAUCUGAACCCAGCUCCUCUGACUCCAAUUUCUUGCUCUUUCCAAUAAGCCAGCUGACUACUGCCCCCUGCUGACUUGGGAUGGUUCUGGCUGCUUUCUACUGGCCUGACUUUCUCCUUUACUUAUGGGCAGGAUUCUGUCCUAAGUUGGCAGCGGCCCCCAGCUUCCCCCAGCUUCCCCAAAGGUUCGGUCAUCUAUCUGCCCCAGUCCUCAGCCAUCAGGUCUGGGCACUUCCUGAGGGUUGACCUUGCUUAUCCUUUCCGCAGGGGCUCCUUAAAGCCCAUCCUUCUCCUAUACCCAUCUCCACCCCCGACUUCAUUUGGGCUAAUGCUUCAGCCUCUGCCUCAGUUUCCUCAUCUAUAAAAUGGGGAUAACAAAGCAGCUAUCUCCUAGGGAAAGGUCAAGAACAAGCCUAUCCUUACAUCCCACCCCUGUCCUAUCCCAAUGGAUGGGUGGGAAAGAGGAUGGCCAGAGAAGGGCAAUGACUUUCUCAGAGUCACAAAACAAACUGGAACAAGGACGAAAACACAGAUCAGAGGAGCCGAUGAUAUUCAGAAGUUGUGGGGGUCAUGGAGACCAAGUCCAGUGACGCACCCAUUCUAUGUAUGAGAAAAGCAAGGUGGAGAAGGCAGACGUAACUUGCCCACCUGUGUCAGGGCUGGGUCUGGAACUCAGCCUCGGGUCCUUUACUUCCAAGUCCAACUGCAGCACCCUCCUCCCUUCCCAUUUUAUUCAUUAGCUAGGAGUCAUGAGGGGACCUGAGUCAGAGAACCCCAGCAUCCAUCCCCAGGAAGAAAGUGGUCCUGAGCUCAAGCCUCAAGCUGCAACUUUCUCCUCCGGUUCUGGCCCCCUGGGAACAAGCCAGACAAGGCUGGUGCUCCUUCCACGUGACAGCCUCCUUCUGCCAUCACAGGGCCUGGGUUUGAGUCCUGCCCUACUUAUUUUCUGCCAGUGUGACCCUGGGGCAAAUCAGUUUUCUCACCUGUAAAAUGGGAUCAUACAUUUGAAAUCCAUCUCUCCAGCUGGUGAAAGUGUUCUGUGCAUGAGGAUGGGAACAUUGUUAUCAUAAGGUGUCCGUCCUUCAACGCUUAGAGUGGGAAUGAAGCUUGCCCUGCCCUCUUAGCCCAGCUCUGAUGCUCACUAGCAGGAUGGCUCUCAGCCUGGUUCUUUGUAAAUUGGGGAUGACAUUUGUACUCUCUACCUUGUUGUAAGACUCAAAUGAGAGGCUGAGGAAAGUACUUCUUAACCCUUUAAGGAACUAUAUUGUCAGCUCUGAUGAUGAGGAUCACACCCUAACCCCGGAUUAUCAUUAUCCUUGGUUUAACACAGUGCUAGACUGGAGGCUCACUGAGGGCAGGGACUUAUUCUUGUUCAAGAUAAUCCAUCUAUCAUGGUAGAAUCAGAAAGGUUGGAACCGCAGGGCUUUGAAAGGGACCAGCCUCAUGCUUCGUGGCCCAUUGUCCUCUGCAGCCUCUGCUGAAAGACCUCCUGGGACGGGCAGCACACUGCAGCCAGCACAGCUUUGUCAGCAGCUGCUCACGUCGACUGACUUCACUUCUCUUUCUGACGAGGCUAAUAGACUGGUAGGCUGUAGAGACGAGAUUCUUAGAUUUUGGCAAAGUGUGUCAUUGCAGAUAGUAGGGGUACUUAAUAAACACUUGUAUACAUCA